GAAGACGUCAUCGCUUCCGCCCUACUUCCUCCUCCUGUUGGCGGCGGUGAGAAUCCAAUAUGGAGUAAAUCGGGGGAGUCGAGAGAUGGGGCUCGGACGGGGCGCCCUGCACCGCCUUCCAGGCGCACCUCCCCCGGCCGCCGAGCGCUCCCCGGAACUGUGAUUGGCCCGGCCCCCCAGGGGCAACCCGGGACCGAGCCCCCACCCGCGGCCGGCCCUCUCCUCCUGCUCUCAGCGGUCCCCGCCGCUCCACGGCGCGCUUGUUUUUCUCCUCCUCUCCCCCACCGCUGUCCCCUGCCCAAAUCUCUCCCCUCCGCCCGCCCCCGAGCCCCCGGAGCCGCCGCCCGCCUUGCCCCUCGGCGCUGCGGCGCUCACUCCCCCCCCCCAAGCUUGCCUGUGCACCCCUUCCCCCAGACCUCACCCCGCGCUCCGGUCGCCCUGCUUCCCCUUCUGCCUUGUGCGGCGCCCCCCUCCAUCUCUAGCAGCUCCCCCCAACCAAAUCAGGCGAUCUCCGGAGAUGUGAAGAAGGGGGGGUGAGCGGACAGGAAGAUGAAGGGAGCAAAGCUGCCCGCCGCGGGACAGGCGUCUAGGUGAACAGGAAAAUGACCGAAGAAACACACCCGGACGAAAUCUGGUACAGCUCCUGGCACAUAGAAGAUGGGGAUAUAUGUUUGAAGGAUUUUAAAAAGGAAUGUGAUUCCAAGAAAGAAAACAGCAAGUGAGAAUUUAAUGGCCUUGCCGAAAAUCCAAAUAAGUGUCCCGAGACGUGUUGAAGAAUGAAAAGAAGCUAGAGCUGGUCUCUGGAGGAGAAAGAGGAUUUUUGGCCAAUGUGCAAAGGAACUUAUUGCGAAAUUGAAGUUUAGACUGGAAAAAAUAAAACCAUAAACAGAAGGUUACACAUGUGUAAAGGUGACAGCUAUAUUGUGCGCGUCAAGGCUGUGGUUAUGACCAGAGAUGACUCCAGCGGGGGAUGGUUCCCACAGGAAGGAGGCGGGAUCAGUCGCGUGGGGGUCUGUAAGGUCAUGCCCCCCGAAGGCAAUGGACGAAGCGGCUUUCUCAUCCAUGGUGAACGACAGAAAGACAAACUGGUGGUAUUGGAAUGCUAUGUGAGAAAGGACUUGGUCUACACCAAAGCCAACCCAACCUUUCAUCAUUGGAAGGUCGACAAUAAGAAGUUUGGACUUACUUUCCAAAGCCCUGCUGAUGCUCGAGCCUUUGACAGGGGAGUGAGGAAAGCAAUCGAAGACCUUAUAGAAGGCUCAACAACAUCAUCUUCCACCAUCCACAAUGAGGCUGAGCUUGGUGAUGAUGACGUGUUUACAUUGCAACCCUUUAAACUUGAUUCCCGACCCACUCAUCCUACAACUAGUGAUUUGAAAAACUCUACUUUCGGAAGACAGAGGUGUGUGUACCCGGCUCCAGCCCUCAUGGAGACAGCUACAGACAGUUCUUCUAAUUCGUCUCAGAAGAGGGAACAACCUGCUCGCACAAUCUCCUCCCCCACAUCCUGUGAGCACCGGAGGAUUUAUACCCUGGGCCACCUCCACGACUCGUACCCCACGGACCAUUAUCACCUCGAACAGCCAAUGCCAAGGCCCUACCGCCAGGUGAGCUUCCCGGACGACGACGAGGAGAUCGUGCGCAUCAACCCCCGGGAGAAGAUCUGGAUGACGGGCUACGAGGAUUACCGGCACGCACCGGUGAGGGGCAAAUACCUGGACCCCUCGGAGGACGCGGACUCCUACGUGCGCUUCGCCAAGGGCGAGGUCCCCAAGCACGACUACAACUACCCCUACGUGGACUCCUCAGACUUUGGCCUCGGCGAGGACCCUAAAGGGCGCGGGGGCAGCGUGAUCAAGACCCAGCCCUCUCGGGGCAAGUCCCGGCGGCGGAAGGAGGACGGGGAGCGCUCCCGGUGCGAGUACUGCCGGGACAUGUUCAACCACGAGGAGAACCGGAGGGGCCACUGUCAGGACGCGCCCGACUCCGUGAGAACUUGCAUCCGCCGGGUGAGCUGUAUGUGGUGUGCGGACAGCAUGCUCUAUCACUGUAUGUCGGACCCCGAGGGGGACUACACAGACCCGUGCUCGUGCGAUACUAGCGACGAGAAGUUUUGCCUCCGGUGGAUGGCUCUUAUUGCCUUGUCUUUCUUGGCCCCCUGUAUGUGCUGUUACCUGCCCCUGCGGGCCUGCUACCACUGCGGAGUGAUGUGCAGGUGCUGCGGGGGGAAGCACAAAGCAGCUGUGUGACUCGGUUUCCCUCCCCACCCCCCUCCAUCCACAGCCCCAAGGGGACUUGUCUUCUGCAUUCUCUCAUCUCUCCCCCGCUCCCGGGUACCCGAGGCGCCGUUCCAGCCUGGGGAACCUGCCUGGUGGACUCUGCACCCCCCGCCACCCACUCUGCAUCAGCCACCCCCGCGCGCGCUCGCUCAGUGUUGUAAGGAAGGGAACCUCCGCCUAGACGCUCAUGCAUUAUUAACAAUCUGUAAUCCAGCUAACUGUCUCACAUAGGUGUUGAUUUCACGUCCUUCCUGCCCACCUCUUCCAGCUCCAAGGCGCCUUCCGUGGGAACUGCUGAUUUUUUGGUGGGUCUUGUCGUUGGUUUUUCCCAGAGCUCGAAGACCAUCUUUCUCUUGGUUGAGCUUGCCUGUUGCUAACGAGCUUGCUUCCUCGGGUUCCUGUGGAAAUGGAAUGUCAGAAUGAUGAAACCCUACCAGAUGUAUUUGAACCUGCAGUCGGUUAUUAUGUAUAGGAGGUGAGCUAGUUAACAAACUUCUACCACUAAAUGAGAUCGCAUUAACUUUUUCUAAAGCCAAACUUCCCAUGUAAGCUGCAGUUUCUAUCUGGAGCCCAUCAUCCUCUUCUCUCCCUCACCCCAAAAUCUGUCAGUUAUUCACUGAUGUAAAACAUUCACUCCUAAAAUGACUGAGAAUUGAGCCUUAACUUCAGAUUAACUUGUGAGAAUCAGGAAAAUUCUUUAAACUGCAUCGCAUCCUCUCAGACCAGGGCUAGAAAGGGGAUUUCAGGUUUCUCCGAGCCUCCCCACUUACCCCUAAAGUAGAACUUUUUAAAAUUGUGUCACCACCACUUGUAAAAAUGUAGCAAUAUCAGAAGAAAACACUAAUGAAGUAGGAAAUUUUGCUUAUUGUUUUGCAAACCAAAUAGUCUCUUCAAAACAAACCAGUGUUCUCCCAAACACGGUCCAGUUGAGAAACACUGAGGUUGUGGUAAAUAAAACUUAUAGGAGCUUUUUUCCCCCAAUUGGCUAUUUUCUAUUAACUGGGGGAAAUUUUAAAUGUCAUCAAUUUGAAGAGUGGUGGGUUGCAUUUUGUUCACGGGUUUGUGUGUUUGUUUUCAUUUUGGACUCCAUGUCACCAUGUUCUUCGUUUAUACUUGGGAAAAAACAAGGCCAUAUGUAAACACCCUUCCAAUGCCUAAGUGUCUUUCUCCUGCAACUCCAAACCCAAACUUGCCACUUUGGGUGCACGGAUGGUUAGGUCAGCAGGCUGGGUCUACUUGUCGCCUUGCCACAUAGGUUUCUAAUUAGCUGGAAAAGAGUAUUUUUCUAAUAUAUUGCAAGGAAUGGCCAAAUCUUACUGCAGAAAGAAGAAAAGUGAAGAGCGGUUCCCUAGCAUAGGACCUAGCACAGUACAGUCAGAACGCUAUGGAGACCAUGGGGACAGGCUUGUCAGCGCUGGCUCUUCUUCCUGCCGUGAUCUUCCUGUGAUUAUUGCCAGCUGAGAGCAUGGCCUCAUUCCUCUCUCCCCCAUUCCUUCUCUGUUGCGCACAGGACAUCAGUCUCCAAGGAAAGGGACUUUUUUUCUAGUCUGCCAAUCAUUGGGAACGUGCUAGCCAUGCUUACCUUCCUCGGAAUGUUUUCAGCUCAUCAGAGAGCCCUUGGCAUUUCUUCGUCACAUCAUCCGUGUAAAUACCCAGUGUGCUUAUGAGUUUGUUGGUAGAUGUUUUCAUUUGUUGGAGUGGCUGGUUUGGGUCUUCCACUUUGGGAAAGGAGCAGAGAGCUGUUAAUCUGGUGAUGUAAGAGUCGUUUCCCAGCCUGGAGAACUUCUAGAAAACCUUCAGCCAGCCUCCAAACGCUGUCGAGAGAUCUUCUCCCCCAUCCUGAGGCAUUUCCUCAGGGUCUUUCUCAAGGUCUCCUCUCUACAAAGCACAACACUAAUGUAUGUUUUGUUAGACCUCAGUUCAGGUGUCCCUAUUUAUUUCAGUAAGAAUACACCUAUCCCGUUGGCUUUCUGUUUGCCAUCUCUGUUUAGUCGUUAUCUGUCUCUCUCUUCCUUUACCCCUUGUCCUUUUCCACCCCUUUGAAGAGUUAAUGCUAGUGAAUCUUACUCCGCGUAUCCUUUUUGGUUUGUGAAGAAGGCAGCGGGUUAAGGGCACAAGGACAGCCAUGGGGACAUUUAUGUAAAUACGUCUCUAAUUGCCACACUGCAGCCGAACAGUGUGUAGUAUUUCCCCAGUCAGCUUUGCCAUACUGACGUCAAUCAUCUGAGAGAAAUUAUUCAGACUUUAUUUUUGUAUCUGUGGUAACAAAACAUUAACCAAAAGAUUUUCUGUUUGGAAGCUUCCCCCAACCACGCCCCUCCCCCCAAACCACCAAGCUGUUUGCUCACAUUAACAAAUUAAAGUGCCUGAAGCAUAAUUCAUUCUUUAUCUGUGUACUAAAAACCCUGUUGUAUUGAUUUUUUAUAAUAAGCCUUUUUACCUCUGUGUAAAAAAUAUAUAUACAAGUGUAUGAUGUACAUUUUAGUUCUUAACUUUUUUUUAUGGUUUCUAAUAUGUAUGACCAAUGUAGCCAUUGCUUUAAAAUGUACCAUGUAAAUAUAAACACAUC